GCUCAGUUUCGUAUUCGUGUCGGAACGUGGCGCUACGGUCUGCUCAAGGAUACGCGGAAACCAGGCAAAUCAAGCAACGAAACGUGUGGGACCCCAGAAAAGCACAACUGCCAACUGCCAACGUGUGCGAGAUUGCGUGUGAGUGUAUGUGUGUGUGUGCGCGCUUGUGAGCGGGUCGGAUCGUGUGUGCCGCCGUUUUGGUCCCGGCCGUUUAAUUUUAUUAGCGUGCCGCGAUGCGUCAUGGAAAUGGCAGACAAAACACACACAAAAAUACAAUAAAUGAAAAAUUAAAUAUUAAUUAAAUUUUGCAUACGAAUCCAGCAACGAAUGCAACGAUUCCGCGAGAAGUGCUGUUUUGUCGGUUAUUGUUGUUUGUUUCUCGAUUGAAAUGUUAAACAGAUAUUAAAAAUUGAUGCAAUCCCACAAAUUUCGGCUACAGACCUGCUGCUGGUCGGUCCGGUCAGACGAGGCCUGAGUAUAGCCAGGAGUAACCUCUGAACGACGUUUGCCAUCGACAUUGGCAUCCAGUACCAUUGGCCCUGCCACUGCCAUUGCCACUGGCUCUCUGGCAUCUUCGCCAUCAUCAUUCCGGGUGUGCGUGUAUAUGACUUUAUUAAAAUUUUAAAUCCCCCAUCGCUGCUGACAUCGAAAGUACAUACUCGUGGAACGCGCGUGUUCAACUUGCCGUUUUUACACAUUGUUUGUGGACUUUCAUAAAUAUAUAUCGCCUCGCCUUGUACUGGUGUUCGUUCCAGAUUUCAUACUCGUUUGUUGUUGUGCUUAUCGCGAUUACUGCGCGGCUCUCGAACAUAGUCCGGAGAGUAUUACCUACCACCUACAUACAUCAGCUCCAUAUCUGCAACGUGCCUACAACUCGGACACAGUCGACGCGCGUCCACCAACUUAUCCGACAAAAAAUUGGAAUCGGAAAAGUGAAAAGCUGAAGAACUAAACAAUGCAAGAAUUGGAGAAAUUCUCACACUUCAAUGCCACGAAACACGGCAGCAAAAUCAUCAGCUGCAGCAGCUUCGCCAAAGUUAUGCUCCGGGCAAAAAGUGUAAAUGAAACAACUUAAUUAGUAGUUGCAGGUCUCGAGGAAAGCGGCACGCGCUCCGUGCCCAGAAUCAGCUCCAGCUCAAGCUCAAGGAGAAGGAGAAAGUCGGUCGGCAUUACAACGAAUUUUAGGAAAUAUUCGCUUGCCCAUGCUGCUUCAUUAGAACGAGCGAAAGGUUUAAUGCGAUCCCGACCCAGGCAUCCUUUGAGCCUCAGCAGUAGCAGCAGGAAAAACUUUUGUUUUCGCGCUCGCUUCUCUUUGUGUGUAUAAGUGUGUGCCUGCGUGUGGGUGAGAGUAGCUGAAUUUUUUUGAGAAAAUUAAAUUGAAAACAACAUCAGCAACACACAAUCACCAGCCCCAACGGCAGUGAAAGCAGCGAAAGCAGCGAAAGCCGCAAAAUAAACGAGCACAACCUGCAUAUAAAUUAUUAUACGCUACACAAUGGAUUUGGUAGAAUUGAAAGCCAGAGCGAACCGAGCUAAAAGGACUUCCACAAUGCACGUAACAACUUCCUAUGCCAAAGCCAGCGGACGCUGCUGGCAGCGCCAUUUGGCUUUAUUCACGCUCUUCCUAUUUGCGGCUCACAUCAAUAUAACUUCCGGUCAAAUCGAUUGGGACGACGACGACGAUCCAGUCUCCACAGUGGCCGUGGAGGCAGUGCUGGGACGCACCGCAUCCCUGCCGUGCGACAUAGAGCCGGAGGCGAAGGACGAUCGUGUGUAUAUGGUCCUAUGGUUUCGUGAGAGUGCUGGCAAACCACUUUACAGCUUUGAUGUGCGUGGGCGGCCGUUUGAGAAGGCCCUCUACUGGUCGGACACCAACUCAUUUGGGCCACGUGCGUAUUUCGUUACCGGACAGCAGCCGGCCAAGUUAUCUGUGGACAAUAUACAGCUGGAUGACGAGGGCGUUUACCGCUGUCGCGUCGACUUUCAGAACUCACCCACGCGCAAUCAUAGAAUUAACUUAACGGUUAUUGUUCCUCCGCAUCAAAUACUCGUGUACGAUGCCUCGGGUCGCGAUGUUGCCGGCGCUGUGGGUCCGUUGCUCGAGGGCGAUAAUAUUGUGUUGACAUGUGAAGUGCGUGGCGGUCGCCCAGAACCUACUGUCACAUGGCUGAACGGCACACGGACUUUGGAGGCUGGCAGCGGGGUCUCGAUGGGCCGGCAUGUGACUGUCAAUCGACUGGAGGUACACCAAAUCUCGCGCUCUGCCCUGAACAACACGUAUCGCUGUCAGGCAUCCAACACGAAGCUGGUGGCACCCGUGGAGCGCAGCAUACGCAUCGAAAUGUUACUCAAACCCACAUCAGUCAAUUUAACCAAUAAGUUGAAGGUCUUCUCCUCGAGCACGCAAUACAAUCUCACCUGCAUUGUGGCGGGCUCGGUGCCGGACACGGAAAUCAGAUGGACACAGAAUAAUCGGCCCUUCAAACGUGGCAUGCUGUCAACGAGCCAGGGCAAUGGACGAGUUAUAUCCACAUUGACAUUUCAUCCACAACCUGAGGACGACGGCACGAUGCUCAAGUGCGAGGGCUCCAAUCCACGCCUGCAGAACUCAGCCAUCGAGGACUCGCUCAUGAUGAAUGUCAUUUAUCCGCCGCAGGUCACCUUGUCGCUGGGCUCAACGCUGCGUCCGGACGACAUCAAGGAAGGCGACGACGUCUAUUUCGAGUGCCACAUCAAGUCCAAUCCCAAGGAGCAUCGCAUCAUGUGGUCGCAUGACGGCCAACCGGUCACCCAGAAUGUCUCGUGGGGCAUCAUCAUAUCCACACGCUCCUUGGUGCUGCAGCGAGUGGGGCGCGUCCACUCGGGCUUUUACGCCUGCUCGGCGGCCAACGAUCGCGGCGAGACGCAGUCGGCUCCAGUCAGCUUGAGGAUACGCUAUGCGCCCGUCUGCAGCAGCAGCAGCAUCAGUGUGAUUGGUGCCUCGCUGGAGGAGGCCGUGCCCAUACCGUGCCGCGUCAACUCAGAUCCGCCCGAAAUCGAUUUCGAAUGGACAUUCUCAAGCAGCGGCGAGCAUUUCGAGGUGCCGUCUGGACAUUAUGCCACCAUACAGGACCCCACCAUGACCACCACCAACGAUGUGAGGCGCACCAUUGUGGAGGCCAACGAGACGCACUUCGAGAGCUAUGUGGAAACGGUCAGCGAACUGAUCUAUACACCCAAGGGUGAGCGGGACUAUGGGACGCUGGCCUGUUACGGCCGGAAUGCCAUUGGCAAGCAAUCGGACCCGUGUCUGUUUCAGGUGGUGCCGGCAGCCAAGCCGGGGGCAUUACGGAAUUGUACGCUGCGUCCGUAUGUGGUGACCUCCGCCUCGCUGAAUUCAUCGAAUCAGACGACAAUGCAUGCCAAUCAAAUGUUGCAAACACAAUACGGCAGACACGAGUCGAAUUACCCGCAUAUGGAGUACGUACGUGAGCGCCAUAACAACAACAGCGGCAAGAAUGCCACUGGCCACCGGAACAAUGCUUCCAAUAAAAAUAUGAAGGGCAAAACAAAUGCUGGCCACAUGAAAUCUAAUAAUAAGCAGACACGGCCACCACCCCGACCAGAGGCCCUGCCACUGCCACAGCCACAGCCACAGCCAGCGGGAUAUGUCCUCAGUCAACAGCAAUUGCAGCGCCUCAAAAAGCGAACGUCAUUUACACCGUCCCAGACAUUGGCAGCCAUCGAGAGCCAGCGCCAGAGGAAGCAACAGCAGCAGCAACAACAGCAGCCGCCAGGAGCCAACACUGGAAAGUCGUCCAAGGCACUGGCCAACGAUAAACAGGCUGAUGGAUUGCCGGCCAAGUCGCCAAAGCAGCGCACGCGACGAGCCAGUAGCCAAAGCCAACAGAAGAGACAACAGAAACAACUGAAUUCAGGCGGCACCAAGCUCGGGCUCGGGCUUGAGCUUGGGCUCGGGGCAUCAAUAACAACAAGCCAGAAGAUGCCGCCGAGCCAGAGUCAGGCAGCAAAAUCAAAUUUAUCAAUGUCACAUGUAGAACGGACUGGAGUGGUUGCUGCAGCAAGGGAUGGGGACAAUGGCAAACUGCCAGCAAAGUAUUUUAAUAAGCGACAGAAAAACAUGCACGAACAGAAGAAACAGAAGAAAGAGCUGGAGCUCCUGCAGCAGCAGCAAAGGCGGGGGGCAAGCGUAAACGAGCACAACAGCAAUAUAAUCCAUCAUUAUGCAACGCCAAAGCGAGGAAAACGGCAGGCAGCAAAUGACAUCUUAGCAACGGUGGCAGCAGCAGCAACAUCAGCAUCAGCAGAAGCAGCAUCAUCAUCAUCUUCAUCUUCAUCUUUAGUGGCAGCUACAACAAAAUCAGCUGCGACAAGAGCCGCCGCCACAGCCGCCAUAGCAACUGAAAGGGAGGGCACAGGCAGCAGCAGCAGUAGCAGCGUUGGAGUCGAGGACAACAUGCCCACAAUGAGACGGGCACGCAAAUCUUUGGCCAUCAUUGGCAGUAGCAAUGUCAGCAGCAGGGUGAACAAGCAGCAGCAGCAACAGUCGAUGCCGCCAAAUGCACCGCAAAUAAGCAACAAGCCAGCGGCAGCUGCAAUUAGCGGCAACAAUGUAAAGGAAACAACGGCAUCAGCAGAAGCAGCAGCAGCAACAGCAACAGGAGUCCGGGUAGAAGUCAAAGACAAGCCAGCCUCUAAUGAUCCUGCCAAGACAGAAGACAAUGCCGAGGAGGAUGAGAAUAAUGAUGAUGAUGAUGACGAUGAUGAUGAUGAUGAUGAGGCAGACACAGAAGCCGAGGCUGAAGCUGAGGCAGAGGUGGAGCCGGAGCCGGAGGAUGAUGACGAUGCAGACCUGGAUGAAGAUGUUGCCGAGCUGCAAAGGGAUGCCGAGUACAUGGCCGAUGGGCCCAGCGACUUGGACGAGUAUGAGACUGUCGAGCAUGUGGAUAUGUUGUCACUGGAGCAGCAACUGGACCUGGAGUCGCUCGAAGAUAAUGUCGAUGCUGAGGAUGAUGGUGACAAUGCUGAUAUCGAUAUCGACGACGAUAUGUACAACGUUAGCGAUGAUGACUUUGUGGCCAGCGUGGCCCUCUCCACCUCCGACACAACAACAACAACAACAACAACCACAAUGAGAAGCGUGACCACAAUGCCGGUGAGGGCCAGCACUCCACCCGCCUCCGCCGAGUGGCAGCAGCCGCAUUUCGACUAUUCACGCAUGGAGUACAGCUUUAGCAAUGGCGUAGUCACGCAGAGCCUGCUGGGUGUUGGAGCAGGCGGUGUGGGUGGAGGUGGAGUUGGAGCAGCAGCCGCACACGAUGGCCAGUCCGGUGGGGGCACCAUCAAUUUUGAUAAUUACGACAACAUCAUCUACUCCACGAUGGAGCUGGAGUGCAUGCCCGGCUACGAUGGGGGACUGCAGCAGCAGUUCUUCCUGGAGGCCUACGACUCCAAGACCAAGAAGCUGCGCCUGAACAUGAGCAGCACAUACGUGGAUGUGCCAGUGUUUCGAAUCGAUCUGACAGAUCUGAUGCCCAUGGACUACUUUCCCGAUGCCCAUCCGGCCUUGCAUUUGGUUGUCUACAGCGUCAAUCAGAAGGGUCGCUCCGAGCCGAUUGUCCUCGAGAAUGUGCCCAUCAAUGAGGCGGACAAGCGUUCAGACGGACGCAUGGGCCUGUCAAUCUUACCCCUCGCAGCUCUGCUUGCCGGAACCCUCUUCACGGUGGGCAUAGCCGUGCUCUCCGUGGUGGUCAUUGCUGUGCGUAGGCGUCGCGGCCCAGGAGCCCGGAACAUGUGCGACGACAAGGACAAGCAUUUGGGCAUGGAUGUGACAGUGACGGCACCUCUGGAAACAGGUGCUGGUCAUCAGCGGCUCGUUGUGGCUUACACUUUGAAGCAGGGCAUUGAAAAACAGCCGGACAUACUGAGUGCGCAAAAAAGCGCAACUGGCAGUGACACAUCGUCGCCGCUGGGAAAUCGGCCGAGUGGUUUAUUUAUGGGCGGCGGCAGUGGAGGUGGAGGUAGUGCCGGCGGCGCUUCGGCCGCUCCCAGCUCCGGCAACGCUGCGAGCCAUAAAACGACGGAUUAUGAUGUGAGUGCACCGCACCUGAGCAGCCCGCCCUCCCAGUCCAGCACCCUCCGGCUGGAGAGCGAUACUGCCGCGGGCGUUGCCAAGGGGUAUCAGACAUCAUCGUUGGGUGGGACGGCCACGGCUCCCCCGCUCCUGUACGAUGCCAUGCCCACGCUCAGUCGCUACGAGCAGCUGGGUCUCAACAUGGGAAACUAUGCUGUCGGCGGCGGUGGGGGUGGUGGCAGCAACAGCACGCUCAGCUCUGCCAGCAGCACCGUUAACGCGGCAAGUAAUGCGCUGGCCAACGGUGCGGCUGGUGGGGGAGGGGGAGGUUCGAGCAGCCACUACGCCCAUCACUUGCAUCAUACGUUGCCCCACAACAUGGCCCAGCAGCCCACAUCGGGCCACAGUCUGCAGCGGGGAGGCCAUGAUCCGACACUCACCCUGGCCGACUACCUGACCACCAGCAGUCUGAUAGACUACAAUUUGAGCAAGGCAGCAGCCGCUGGAUCGCCGAUGGCGAUGCCCACCCACAUGACGCUGCCCAAGGGCCUGGGCCUGGGCUCGGUGAUGGCCGGGACGAGCCUGUCGCCGUCGCAGCUCAACACCAUCACGCACAAGUCCAGUGCCGGACGCAAUCACAUCAUCACGGACACCUUGCCCGGACCCGAAAGCUGCGUCUAAGCGCGGUCGCAUGAGGGUACGAAUGAGGGUGCACGAACUCGAAUUCCUGGCAUCAAACAAAAGACUGGCGCACAAACACUAACCGAAUCAGAAGCCGACUCAAAGUAAGACAAUGAUAGCGGACGCGC